UUUGGACGAUCACAUGCGCGUGUGUGUUUAGUUUCACUUCCGCACUCUGCAACUGUCUGUAGCCUGUUAGCCUCUGGGAUGACUCUUCACAAAUUUUGAGCAAAAAAACGCGUUUACUAUCCAGGAAAGCAAAUCGUGCAGACAACAACCUUCAUUUGAAACUCCUGACUUUAUGCAGAUUUACUUUAUUUUAUCUGUAGGACGAAUUAGGAGCAACAUUUCUCUGAUAAAAGUCAACCAGGAAGCGACGAUAGCGUGAGGAAGCUCACUGCAUCUUCAACUGGCUACGUUUUUAAACAACUUGUAUGUUAAACUGUAACUAACAAGGACGCGUUGAACAUAUUUACAGUCAUGAAGGUGUUCAACAGUCCCAGUGGAGGGCCCUUCCUGGUGUGGGCCCUGGCGGUUCAGCUGGUCCUGUGUGGGAGUGGGGUGUUCGCCAAUGAGGACACCAAGAACUGUAUACUGCCCUCUGAGUCUGAGUCAGAACGGAAAGUCCUCGAUCGACUUGCACCGCUUGCCCACAAGAACUUCACAGUUCAGACCAAGAAUGAAAAAAACGAGGAAUACACGUAUGUGUUCCAGUUGUGUGGGGAUGCAGGAGGUGUCCCUGGAGCUGGGGUCAUUCAACUGGGCAGCAAGAAAACAGACAAACCAACAGUGGUUGGCUCUUAUAAUGCAACACAGGCCAUUGGAGGAAGUGACUGGGUGAUGCUGAUCUACAGAGGAGGUGACAAAUAUGACGGCCACUGCUCCAUGGAAUCCAGGAGAGCCAUCAUCAUGAUCUCUUGCAACAGGAAAAUAGACGUGGGCCCGCUGGAGGUGAUCGCAGAGGACAGGGAAAGGGUGCAGGACUGUUUCUACCUGUUUGAACUGGACACCAGUGCUGUGUGCCCACCUGUCCAAUCCCAGAUCAGCACUGGCUCCAUAAUACUCAUCAUUGGGUUCUGUCUUCUGGCUGUUUACCUCAUUGGAGGUUUCCUCUACCAGCGGCUGAUUGUUGGAGCCAAAGGAAUGGAGCAAUUCCCAAAUUAUGCUUUUUGGGUGGAAGUUGGCAAUCUGACAGCAGAUGGGUGUGACUUUGUGUGCCGGUCACGAAAUCGAGAGGAGCCCCCCGCUUACAGGGGAGUGGCCACCGAACCUUUAGAGGAAGAGCCAGAAGAGAGAGAUGACCACUUAUUACCUAUGUGACCUCAAUAUGUCAGAAAUGGGACAUUUUCACUGUGUGACACAGUUUACGCUUUCACCGGUUUGAUGAAAUUGCUGCUAGACACAAGUCUGUUUUCUUGUGCUGGUUUAGACUUGUGUUUAGUGCAACUACUGUGUGAUCUGCUUGUCACUUAAGAGGGCGUGUUACUGGGCUGACAGAACUGUCUCCUCUCCUAUCCCAUGCAUUUCAUUCAGUUGUUUGUUGGCAAACAAAUGAGUGAUUCAUCUAAGAUUACAAACUACAACUUUUCUCCUAUGGAAAUCUGGCACAAAAGGGAGAAGUUAAGAAGUUGGCUUUCUACAUGAAACUUAAUUAAAUUACACAUUGCUCAAUCUUUUUCUGCUUAGCUAAUGACAGUUUGUUGUUUUAGAUUUAUACAGAUUGCAGCAAAGUGUUCCUCCUAGGAUCCUAGUCGUGCAUUGACAGUUGCAGGUUACAAAACACACAAGUGUUGUUGCUUGUGUAAUUUGGCUUUAAUCAGUUUUUUGUUUUUUUGUUUUUUCUUGAAAGACAGAGAGGUAAUAGGAGAAUGUGAAUGUUUAAGUUUAACUACUCUAACUAUGCUUGCAGCCUUGCUACAUAAAUAUCACUGCAAAAAAAAAAACAUAGCUUGACUGACUUUGUAUUAGUUUGGCCUUUUCCUCUUUUCCACAUAUAUAGGGGAAAAGCUUCUACAUCAAUGUUAACAUCCUUGUAAUAUUGUCAGUUUCCUGGUUGACAUCUGAGAAUGACAGUUUUAACUAACAGUCUUAAAUUUUUAUCAGAAAGGUCAACAAUGCUGUUAGCUUUAGGUUCACACAUUUUGGUGUCUGAAGAAAAACACCCAACUAAAACACAAAACAGAAAUAUAUUCCUUUAAAUCUCCAAUGUUUACUUAUAAAUGCUAUAAUACAGUGAUGGCCAAUUAAGUUGGCCAAGUUAUGCUUUCAAAAAGUAUGAUACACAUGUAAUACUUGUAUUUUCAUAGAAUAAACGCACAUUCGCUGCAGUGACAAUGUUCAUAACAGCAAAACUAUUUAAUAGUGAAUAUUAUAGUGGGUAUACUGUCUGUCCAUAUGAUAAAACUGAUCCAAACACUAGAUGCACUGCAGGGGAAAGACCAACAUUAUAGGAUGAAGAGUAGUUUGUCUUUGACCAAAUCUGCAAGUUGCUUCAUGCCUGAUACAUUUCUUCUGUAGGGUGAUACAGUGACAAUGGAAGCACUUAAUUUUCUGUGCACUUCCUGUAUUACUAUUAUAUAGUUGCUGAAAUGUUACAGCUCUGAGGAUAUCAAUAAUUAGGUUUGAAAUAUUUUUACAUAAAUCUAUUGUAAUUAAUGCUGGUAAGGAUUAAAGCAAGCUUUUGGAGCUUGAUGGCAGACAUUAUGUCACGUAGUUUCUGUAGUGAAUGUUACUAUGAGUUACUGUCAAUGUGAGCAUCUAUGUAUAUUUGGUUUGUUUCUAUCACUUGCUUUUGUGUGUGUGUUUUCUUUUUAAUGUUGACAUUUCUUUACUUAGUUCAGUGAAUCAACUCCUGGAUCUUGAUCUGAUGAAAAUGGUUAUACCUGCAGAGGAAGUGAGCUUAACAACCUCUAUAUUGAUUAAAAAAUAGCCUGUUUGGCUCAAAGAUGUUUUCAAGUCACAAAGAUUUUUGUGUGAUUUUCUGAUUCCAUUAAAAAUACAAUUUAAAACUAGUGUAUGUAUGCCCAUUGUGGUGAUGAACUCAGUACACACCUAAGUGCACUCACCUUUGGAGAUACAGUAUAAUGAAUGUAAAAAACUUUUAAUAAAAACAUUACAUGCA